AUGACUUCAGAACAAAGCCCUCUGCUGGUGCUCACCGCGCAUGAAGCUAUUUACGACAGAUUCGCGUCACAUCAAAAGAGGUGGAUCGUGUUUGUUAAAUUGUCGUUCGUGCCUUCCAUUCCCCAGAUAGCUAAAGAUCUCGACUUAACGGAUGCUGUCGUCAGCUUGGCUUUCAGUCUGUCGAUCUUGGCCUAUGCCAUCGGAUCAUUGGCUUGGGCUGCCUAUUCAUCUUUCUACGGACGCCGAUCAAUAUAUCUGUGGUCAAUGCCAUUUCUAUGUGUUGGGAGUUGCGGUGUCGCUCUGUCGACUUCGUUACAGAGUCUGUUAUUCUGGCGAUUCGUGCAGAUGUUUGGAUGCUCUGGUGGGGUGUCGUUGGGGACCGGUGUGAUUGGUGAUAUCUAUAAAUUGGAGGAGAGGGGGACUGUUAUUGGGGCAUUCAUUAGUGUCACAAACAUCGGGUGGGGUGUUGCCCCGUUUGUUGGAGGUGCGGCGACGCAGUAUUGGUCCUGGCGCAAUUUCCAUUAUUCUAUCGGUGCAUGGGGCUUACUCGAGAUGCUUUUCAUAUACCUUUCGUUUCCUGAGACCAGUCAUCCCGGCACAUUGGGUAUCGAUAAACUGCCAUCCAGGGGAUGGAUCCAUAUCACACGGAUUAAUCCUCUAAGGAGUCUUUGGUUGCUUCGCAGUCCAAACCUAUUUGCUGUUAUGUUUGCGUCAGCUCUAAUGGUCAACACUAUGUAUGGUGUGUUGUUACUUGUUAUUGAUUUUCUUAACAUACCGAUGGCGUAUACUAUUGCCCCCCGGUAUGGGAUCACGAACGAGGCCAUCAUCGGGGCGCUUUUUCUCCCAAAUGGACUGGGAUGCUUCACUGGAGCUCUGGUUUCUGGCCGCCUAUCGGACACUGUAGUCAGAAAAUGCCGGGAGAAGCACGGAGGAGCAUGGUAUCCCGAAGACCGCUUAAGAGCAACGUGGAUAGGGGGACUGUUUAUUGUCCCGUUGUCUAUUGUGGCUUCAGGGUUGCUCACGACGUAUAUUGGGGGCCCGAUCGGCCUUGCGCUAAAUGUAUUAUGUCUUUAUGCGAUGGGAAUGGGGGUCGACUUAGUGAUAGAUCCUAUUCAUGCUUACAAUGUGGACGUAGUACAUUCUCGAAGCGCAGAGGCCACGGCUGCUUGCAUAGCGAGCUGGUCGCUCAUUCUGUCUGCUACCACUGCUAUUAUCAUUCCAUCGAUCGAGCUCAUAGGUUUUGCGUGGACGAACAACAUUGCGGCUGUCUUCGCGGUCAUCGGACAAGGGUUGAUUUUCUUGACGAUUCGUUACGGGAAUCGCAUGAGGGCGAGCAUAGAUGUUGGAUUCUCGACCGUGGAGAAUAACUGA